AUGAAGCCCAACGCCGCCAUUCUGGCACUUGCCACCAUAGCAAGCGCUUCCCCUAUGUCCAAGAGACUUGAUCCUGCUGCUUGGGACAAGAAGGAAACUCUCUGCAAAGGAUGGGACGGGAAUGGAUGGGAUACACGAACUCCUGAAGGUGUUGAUAAGCUCUGGGAAGAUUCCGGAGCCGGUGGACAGCUCGACAUGUUUAUUCUCAUGCAGUGGGAACACGAGAACAACUGGCUCAAGAAUGUCGAAAGCCAAGUCAUGGAUGGUACCAGUGGCAAGAGUGGUGCCGCUGGUUGCGGUGUUCUUGGGUCUCAGUGCAAGCCCUUGAACGACAUGAGCUGUGAAGACCAGUGGGACAAGUACGGCCAAGACACAAUCAUUGGCAAGAACUCUUACUGGAUCGUCCAGGCUGCCAAGGGUGUCCACGCCAAGUUCAAUGAGCUGAAGAGACAGCUCACUGAUGAAACCCUAAUCAGUAGUCUCCGAAUCGGCCAAAUGGUGAAGGACUUUGAUGGCAGUGAGAAUGAUGCUGGCAAUGUUUUGGGUUGGCUGGCUGCUGCAUCUAGCAUGGGUAAUGCCGUCGGUGGACUUGUCCCCGGUGCUGGUAAUGGGUUCGCUGCCGGCUUUGGUAUCUUGGGUGGCAUCUUCUCCGGUCUUGCUAGCCAGAGUGAAGACGAGAUUGAUCAGAGCACCAUCUCGGCAGCGCUCGCCGACAUCUUUGAGUCUGCAACCAAGAAGAUCGAAGAUACCCUCCGCAUUGUUAUGGGUGGAGGCACCGAAGACGAAUACAAUUCCCUUCCCGCUCCCAAAUGGGAUACUUUCCAGUCCAAGAUUACCAAAUUCUUUAACGGUGGAUGGUUCCUCCUCGACGAUGACGCUGCAGCUGUCAAAGUCGCCAUUUCAUCCAUCAGCAACAAUAUCAAGACCAAGGUCGCGAACGAUGUAAUGAAGGCUGCCAAACUUCACCUCGUCGCUGACAAGCGCGCUGGCUAUGGAAGUCGCGAGGACUGUGGAUACUCAACUGGCCGCCAGUGGAUGUCUCUCAAAGACGGCGAGGAGUACUGCUUUUACAUCAUGCGCAACAACCCAAACAACAAUCGUAUCAAGGACUGGGUUGAGGUUGAGGAGGUUAUUUACGAAAAGAUGGCUGACUACGGUCUUGGUGACCGGGAGAAGUACUACCGCGCAGUUCUUGAUUGUGCGCUUAGUGAUGCUGAUGACAUUGACGUUGGUAACCUGGCCUGGGGUGAGAUCCCGCAAUGCUACUUUAACCUUCCUGCUGUCUUUAUCGAGAAGGAUAAUAAUGUCGGCUGUGGCGACCCUUUCUCCAACCCCGACUGCGCUUACGUCAAGGCUACUCCUAUUGAGUAG